AUGAUCUCCCACAUAUACGACAAGACUGAUCUCGAGGCCUUUGUCGAAGAUAUAGUAGUCGAAGCAGCCUUGAUCGCCCCCGUGGUCGAGGUACUUAUAGCAGGCAACGACAGUGAGCACAUGCGUGGAAACGUGUAUCUAGUGUUUCAGAACGAUGAAGAUGCAGAUAAAGUGCUCGCCAACUUCAAUAGGCGAUGGUAUGCCGGCAAACCUGUGUAUGCCUUGCUAAGUCCCGUGCAUGAUCUUCGAACUGCCGUUUGUCGCCAGGCUGAAAUUUCAAAGUGCGAUCGCGGUGGCCAAUGCAACUACGUGCACCCCCUGAACAUCAACAAAAGUCUAUUAAAUAGUUUAUGGGCCAGUCAACAGGUCACAUGGAGCUAA